CCAAUUCACAACCAUGAAUCCAUCGCCACUACCCCUUGUCGAUUCCAAUCACGCGCUUACGCAAAAUCCUCGCACACGCGACGCGCUCUUAUCUUAUUUCUUACCGUUCAUCAGCAUGACAAUAACCAGCGGCGCCAUAUUCCAGCGCGCGUGCACCAACAACGACCUCCCCAUGGCGGUGUUCAUCGCAUUCAUCUUCUUCGUUUCCGUCUCCGUCGACUACUAUUGCUUCGGUUUCAACCACAACUUAAUUCCUAACUCCAAAACGCGUCGUUUUAUCAAAAUGGUGAUUUGGGUCUUACUGAGUGUCGUAAUGUUAGGGUUUGGAUGCGCGUUUUCAACGUUCAUGGAUGUUGCUGAGUCUCUUUGUUUCUUUGGGGUUGUGAUCGGUGGCAACGCGUUUCUUUUCUAUGCGUAUUUGGGUGACGAGGAAAAGGGAAGUGUUAAUGUGGAACAUUAUGCACACGUUUUCGAGUCGUUUGUUCCUGUAAUGUUGCUUUUUUUUUGUCUGUCGAGAAAUUAUCUAACGCCUUUACCCGUCAUACAUGCUGCAAUCAGGAACGGAAGGAAGAUCAAUAGGCGUCCAAAGUAAAUUCACA